UUCUUAAUGAUUUCUCGUAAAGAAGUUUCAUAUACGUUUCCCUCUCCCAUUGGCCAUGCCCAAUCACUUCGAACAAGCUUGUGCCCAAAAUUCAAUUGAACCCCCUACAAUCUCACCCGCAUAUAAAUAGUAGCCAGCAGAUACAAUUUCGCAGCAGAAUCCAGUAGUUAUUCAAACAAGCAAAAUGGCAUUUAAGUUCGUGAUACUGGCAGUCUUCGUGGCAGUGGCAAAUGCCGGCGGACCGGCGUCUUACGACAUCGGCACACUGUCCGGUGAUCACAGUAGCAUCGGCUACAGCCAGGAGUCCACGCAGAAGGGCUACGCGGGUCAGAACGUGGUGACCUCGUACAGCCGGGCCGAAGAUUCCGCGACCUCGUCGGUGCGCGUGAGCAACAGCCACGUGAGCAACGACCUGUUGGAGCAGCACGCCAUCGGCUACGCCGCUCCGGUGAUCGCCAAGACGUACGCCGCGCCGGCCUUGGCCAAGCCCCUGAUCGCCGCACAACCCGUCCUCGCUAAAGCCGCUUACGCGCCAACCCUGGCCGCGUACGCCGCGCAUCCUGCUCCAUCGGUGAUCACCGAGUCCGCUUACGGACAUUACGGAUACGCCGCGGCCGCACCGAUCCUGGCCAAGGCGACCUACGCCGCACCCGCCGCUUAUGCCAGCCCGCUCCUGACGAAGACCUAUGCCGCCCCGAUCGUCGCCAAGACCGCCACGUACGCCGCAUACGCGGCACCGGCACCAACCCCCUUGAUCGCCAAGGCCUCUUACGCGUACGCACCCGCUGCUGCUCCGCUCAUCGCCAAGACCGCCUACGCCGCUGCUCCGAUUUUGGCUAAAGGCCCGAUUACGUACGCCGCUCAUGCCGCCGCACCGGUGUUCACCAAGGCUUAUGCUGCCCCUUACUCGUACGAAGCGGCCGCGCCGGUGAUCGCCAAGGCUUAUGCUUCCCCUUACUCGUACGAAGCGGCCGCGCCCGUGGUGCACGCCACUUUCAGCGGCUUCGGCACUAGUUAUGCCUGGUAAACAGAUCGGUUAUGUUAAUAAUUAAUUCUCGCGAAGCCAUGACGACAAUUAUGAAAAUUGUAACUUCUUCUCGCACCGGCAAUUAUCAUAUUCCGCCUGAAGCAUGUGUAAGAUUUUCUACGUAUCCCCGAUUUU